GUCACGGGGCGUCUCCCGGCCGAGAUUACAGUCUAAACGGCCUGUGCUCGUUCUGCACCCCGACACAGGACACUCUCAGCUCCCGUCUCACACACAGCAGAUAUCAGCUACAGACAGUAUGGUGCACCAUCCUGAAUUUGAGAAGGCAGGCCAGCAGCCUGGACUGCAGGUGUGGAGGAUUGAGAAUUUCGACCUGGUUGCUGUACCAGAGAACCUGUACGGAGGGUUCUACACCGGCGAUGCCUAUGUAGUCCUCAACACCAUCAAACAGCGAUCCGGGAGCCUGCAGUACGACCUCCACUUCUGGCUGGGUGACGCCUGCACGCAGGAUGAAAGUGGAUCAGCUGCCAUAUUCACAGUGCAACUGGAUGAUCACCUGGGUGGAAAGCCCAUACAAUACCGUGAGGUCCAGGGACACGAGUCUAAAACGUUCCUGGGUUACUUUAAGAAAGGUCUGCAGUACAUGAAAGGAGGCGUUGCAUCAGGGUUUAAGCACGUUGUCACGAACGAGGUGGUAAUGCAGCGUGUGCUCCAGGUCAAAGGUCGUCGUGUCGUAAGGGCAACGGAGGUACCGGUGAGCUGGGACAGCUUCAACCAGGGUGACUGCUUCAUCCUGGACCUCGGGAAUGAGAUCUACCAGUGGUGCGGAUCCAAGAGCAAUCGCUUCGAGAAGCUGAAGGCCACCCAGCUUGCCAAGGCGAUCCGUGACAACGAGCGUAGCGGGAGAGCCCGUGUCUACGUGUGUGAUGAAGGUGUGGAACGAGAAAAGAUACUUGAGGUUCUAGGAGCAAAGCCAGACCUGCCUGAAGGAGCCGAUGAUGACCUCAAAGCAGACGCGUCCAACAGGAAGCUGGCUAAACUCUACAAGGUUUCGGAUGCUAGCGGGACCAUGGCUGUGGCCUUGGUGGCUGAUGAGAACCCUUUUUCCCAGAGUGCUCUGGAGUCCAAGGAUUGCUUUAUUCUGGACCAUGGCUCCGAUGGCAAGAUCUUUGUCUGGAAAGGAAAGGACGCCAACGUUGAGGAGCGUAAGGCAGCCAUGAAGGCAGCAGAUGGUUUCAUUAAGCAGAUGGGCUACCCCAAGCACACUCAGGUGCAGAUCCUCCCCGAGAUGGGCGAGACUCCACUGUUCAAGCACUUCUUCAAGAACUGGCGCGAUGUGGACCAGACAGACGGCAUGGGCGUGGCGUACGUUUCCAACCACAUCGCCAAGAUUGAGAAGGUGCCAUUCGAUGCUGCCACGCUGCACGAUUCGCCUGCCAUGGCAGCGCAGCACGGCAUGAUCGAUGACGGCAGCGGCGAGAAACAAAUCUGGCGUAUUGAAGGUUCGGACAAGGUUCCAGUUGACCCGUCCAUGUAUGGCCAGUUCUACGGUGGAGACAGUUACAUCAUCCUUUACAACUACAGGCAUGGUGGCAGGCAGGGACACAUCAUCUACAUUUGGCAAGGAACGGACUCCUCACAGGAUGAAAUCGGAGCGUCUGCCAUCUUGGCCACGCAGCUGGAUGAUGAGCUCGGAGGAGGACCUGUCCAGGUGGCUGGUGCUCCUAUCACUACUCAGGUGCGUGUGGUUCAGGGUAAGGAGCCUGCACACCUCAUGAGUCUGUUUGGUGGAAAGCCCAUGGUGGUGUAUAAGGGAGGCACGUCCAGGGAUGGAGGUCAAUCCGAACCCGCGCAGACACGCCUGUUCCAAGUGCGCUCCAACUCUGCGGGAUGCACCCGGGCUGUAGAGGUUGAUGCUGUUUCCUCAAACCUGAACUCCAACGAUGUCUUUGUCCUGGUGACCCCAUCGAGCUGCUCCAUGUGGGUCGGCAUUGGCGCCAGUGACCCGGAGAAACAGGGCGCACAGGACCUGUGUGGUAUCCUCGGGGUCUCUCCUUCUCAGAUCGCAGAGGGCGGAGAGAGUGGUGACUUCUGGGCAGCUCUGGGAGGAAAGAGCGAGUACCGCACAUCCACCAGGCUUAAGGAUAGAAUGGACGCUCACCCACCCAGACUGUUCGCCUGCUCCAACAAAACCGGGCGCUUCAUCAUUGAGGAGGUACCUGGGGAGAUGACUCAAGAGGAUCUGGCUACAGAUGAUGUCAUGAUCCUGGAUACCUGGGACCAGGUGUUUGUAUGGAUCGGUAAUGAGGCACAAGAGGAGGAAAAGACUGAAGCGAUGGCUUCAGCUGCACGCUACAUCGAGACGGAUCCUGCCAACCGAGACCGCCGUACUCCUAUUGUGAAGAUCAAGCAGGGCUCCGAGCCUCCCACGUUCACCGGCUGGUUCCUGGCCUGGGAACACGACUACUGGAGCAGCGACCCUCUGGAGCGCGCCAUGGCUGACCUUGAGAUUUGAACCCCGCACCUACUGACCUUUAAAACCCCUUUGCCUUAAUUGGGUAGAAGUGGAAGUUGCCCUUUUCCACUGAUUGAGCAUACUUCCACUGGGGUAUCUGGGAGUUGCUGAGAGACCAGUGUAAAAAGGCAACUUGGACACUCCAAGCCUUGUCUGUAGUCAAAAACGCUUUUAUUUCUAAUUGCACUUUUUUAAUUUUUUUUUUACUGUGUUUAAAAAGUAGGCAUUAUGAUUAAACUGUAUUUAAGCGAUACAUUUGUUGUAAUAAGGGUAGCUCCUUAUCCGUGAAAUAUUUGACAGUGCUUCUUUUGACCAAAAACAAAUCUGAUCAUAAUUUGAGGAUCACAGAUCUUGAUCCUGUAAGGGCGGAUAAAUCUCAAAUUAGGAAAUACCAAGGAGCUAAGACUUAUCGUGACCGUUUAACAAGGUUAUGUUUUAGAAUAAUGUUACUCAGAACAACAACGUGUCUUUACGAAUGCAAUAAUCCAUAAAAGUCGGGUUUAUUAAAUUAGCAGAACCUGUUUCUUCCUGUAUGUUGGCAUAUAGUUUGUUUUGACGUACAUGAGCAGAUGCCUAGGGGCGUUUAGCAGCAAUACAAUCCUGCCUAGUGUGCAUUGUGGUGUCACUUUACUUAGAAAUAAAAUGCAGCCAUUUCUUCAUGCGUAGCAAACAAUAUGUAAUGCCUUUUGAAAACAGUAACAGCCAAAAUAUUUGAGUGUGUCCAUGAACUUUUCCACGUCAGGGAUGUCAUGUUAUUUAGAGAGUUCCUGCUACCAGAGGGCGCAGAAGAGCAGUUUAACUCCAACCAGACCAAACACAGUGUGUGUGAUCCGAGCCUUGUUCUUCAUAUAUCAUAAAAAGGGCCAUGGAAAGUGAUACUUUUCGCAAAUUCACAUCAGUUCUUCCAUCACACUUAAAAGAGAAUGUGUUUAUUUAUUGUGGAUUGAGUUGUUUGGGCUGACUACAUGCUAAAAACUAAACAAAUGUGGUCUUUCAAUUGGCUACAGACGCCUUGAGAGGUCAAUUAAGAGUUUUACUAUAAUAAGCCAUACAAAGUUUUUAGAUAACCAUGGGAUAAUAAAUUGCUUGUACUUUUAUUUGUGCUAAUAAAUUUAUGCCCAAC